AUGUCUCUGUCGGAUAGUGGUUACCUUUUGGAAAUUGAGCGUCAGAAAUCUUUAAAAAUGGCUGCUUGUCGAUGUUCAAAUUGCGACCCUCAAGGAGCUGCUCAACUCAUUCGCCUGCUUCCACAAACAAAAUUGUCAGAUCUGAAAUCUUUGAUGUCGUCUUUUCCAUCUCAGCCGGAAGACGAAUCUUUACUCAAUAUUCCAAGAAAGAGUAGGAAAAGAAAGCUCUCUAGCAAUAUUCCACUCGCAUGCAAGUCAGAUGACCCAAUCCAAAUGAAUAUACCAAUGAUUGAUCUCACCGUCUCAAUCAUUGGAAAUUAUGAAUUACUUUUCAAGAAAACAUAUCCAACUGACCCGCCCUAUCUACCCGAAACUCUUUUCAGCCGUGAGGACGCUUGGCAAAUUGCUAAGAAUUACACCUCAGUUUCAAACGGGAUGUUUCUUCGAGAUAUACUUGGCGGACAGACGGUACCCGGACUCUUUGACUCAAUAAUAGCAAGUGUCAAUUCUUGGCUUCGAAGUGACUCUUACAAACAACACCAAGACGAAAUAGAAGAUAUACAAAUUUCAAUUGAUCAAGAAUACCUCAACACACAACUCAUUGAAGAGGAACAUGAGGAGCAAUUGCGAUUGAAGGCUGUUGAAAGAGACCUCAAAGCUCAAGGUAUAGCCGAUCAAAAGCGUUUCCGCGCCGAAAAGACUGCAGAGACAUUGAGAUUGAAACUGCAAAAACAAGCUAAUAAAAAUAAAGAGAUUGCUCAUUUUUCGAGUACAUCAGGAUCUCUUUGA